AACGUCGUCUGCCUCCCGUCCCGUCUCGUGAGGCCUCCGCCCCGUUCGGAUCUGGAGAUCCUAACCCUAACCCUAACGCCGCCAUGGCCUACUGCGACGACGAUUUCGCCAUCCUCGGCGACGACGCCCAGUCACAUCCCCAGCCGCCGUUCGCAACCCACCGCUACGUGACUUCCAAGUCGUCGACGAUCGUCCAUCACCACCUCGCCUCCAUCUCAAGCCCUGCUAAGAAGGGAGCGGUCGCCGACGACGGUGGAGUUGAGGAACACGAGGGGUACGGAGAGGCCUUCGGUCAGACGGACGUCUCCAAGUGUCCCUCCGCCCCGGCCUUCCAUGACCACCACUGCUUCGUGGACACCGCUAUUCCGUUCGCGCCCCAGCAUCCUGCCGUAGAGGAAGACGACGCCGACGAUGAAGGAGGAAACGAUAAUAACCUCGAGCUAAAAGGGGCAUCGAUCUCUGUUUCUCAUCACAAUCUCCAUCACCAGCAGUUGGCCCAUCAUCUCCCGUCCAAGCGUGAUGAUCUGAGCGAUGGCGAAUCGCCUUACUGCUACAAUAGCAGCGGGGCCGCGAAUAAGAAGCCGAAGGCAAUGUCGUCCUCCGGGGACUACCGGAAAGACCGGGAAGAGUGGAGCGACACGGCCAUCGGCUCUCUUCUCGACGCUUACACGGAGAAGUUCGUGCAGCUCAGCCGAGGUAACCUGCGGGGACGAGAUUGGGAAGACGUGGCCACUAUUGUUAGCGAGCGCUGUAACAGGCAGAAGUCAGCAAAGAGCGUGGAGCAAUGCAAGAAUAAGAUUGACAAUCUCAAAAAGCGUUACAAAGUCGAAUGCCAGCGGCUCAGCAGCAGUGGCCUCCCUGGUAGCCACUGGACAUGGUUUAAAAAGAUGGAGCAGCUGAUUGGUUCCUCCUCCUCUUCAAAGGCCAAUCUGGACGAUGACAAAUCUGUCAAUCUCGGCAGUCCUGCUACAGCAGCGAGACAGAUGAAAAGAUAUCCGGUUACUGGACCCGGACCAGUUAGCUUGAAUAAUAACUCAAAGAUAAAGUCAUUGCCAACUCCACGGUGGAAGAGAGUGGUCUUGAGAAUUAAUGGUAUGGCGUUAUCUGGAGGUACCCAAAAUGUCGACCCUAAGGUAGUUAUGCUAAUUGCUAAGGAAAUUGCAAUUGCUAGUGGUGCAGGCUUGGAGGUGGCAGUUGUUGUUGGUGGUCGAAAUUACUUUUGUGGUGACACUUGGAUGACCACAAUUGGAAUUGACAAGUCUUCAACUUUUCAGAUAGGAAUGAUGGCAUCAUUGAUGAACUCUAUAAUGCUCCAAGCGUCACUGGAGAAGAUUGGCAUUGAAGCACGUAUACAUUCUACCUUAAUGUUGCAAGAGAUUGCUGAACCAUACAUAAGGCGGCGAGCUAUCCGCCAUCUUGAAAAAGGAAAAGUUGUUAUUUUUGGAGCUGGUGCUGAAGCUGGAAAUUCAAUUCUUAGCACUGAUACUGCAGCUGCCUUGAGGGCCUCUGAGAUUCAUGCAAACGCUGUUCUUAAAGGCACUACCUCAGAUGACUUCUACAAUUGCCAUUCAAGAAACAACAAUGGCGGUGCAUUCGAACACAUUUCAUUCAGAGAGUUUGUUUCAAGAGGUUUUACCGCAGUCGACAUAGCAGCACUUAAUAUUUGCGAAGAGAGCCACAUUCCCAUUGUUCUUUUUAGUUUAUUAGAGCCUGGCAAUCUCACAAAGGCACUUUGUGGAGACCAAGUAGGCAUUAUGAUCGACCAAUCGGGGAGGAUUAACUGACACAAUGUCUACCUGCCCAAGGUAUUGAACACAGCAUUUUCGUAAGUAAUCACAUUUAUUCAGGGAACUUAGAACCCAUGUGUGCAUAUAAGCCUUUGUUUCUGAAAGGCUGCUCCUGCAGAUAUCACCUACAUCUAUUUGAUGCUCUUUCUUGAAAUCAUUGGUGGUGUGUCACCAUACAAGACCACAACCACCUCUAAAGAGAUUCAUCUAGCUGGUAUCUUUAUUGUUCUGUCCCAGUUGUUAUUUAUCAGGUUGUAAAUUAUCUCAAUGCAUUGUAUAAAUAAUAUCAAGAGAGACUAUAGAAUUAUAAGCAUGUAAGAUUUGUCAAUAAAACAUGACUACAUGAGUUACUGCAUGUAUGAUUUUGAAGUGAUUUGCUGCGGUUGCAAUCUAGAUAAACCUUUUGUCAA